CCAUGCCACCACCUCCGCCUCCGCCGCCUCCGUUGUCGACGGAACCGUGCCACGGGAGCUGCGUCCGAUACGGGUGACCGCCGAGGAAAUGGAGCCGUCAGCGACGUACUGCUUCUGCGGCCGUUCGCACGAUCCCCAGCAGUUCAUGAUACAGUGCGACGUGUGCAAGGAGUGGUACCACGGCGGGUGCGUGAAUUUGAAGGAAUACAUGACUAUAGAUCUUGACAAGUACCACUGUCCGCGAUGCGAAACCACGUGUGGCCCUUCGCUCAUGAAAGUUAGGACAAACUUGCAUAGACAUGACUAUACGGAGCUCGAUGCGGACACAAAGCCGAUUCAGACUGGAACCUCGGUAUUUAUACGAGAACUGAAAUCUAGACACUUUCCCAAGGCAGACGAGGUUGUGAAGCAUGUGAAGGGACACCAAUUGACUUUUCAGUAUUUACAAAUUAACGGCUUUGAAACUCCCAUUAUUAUCGAUGGGAAAGAUGGACUCGAUAUGACUGUACCACCUCCGAACUUCAGCAUCCGCGAUGUCGAGACCUACAUAGGCGGUGAUCGAGACAUGGAUGUAAUUGAUGUUACUAGACAAAGUAACAUACGUAUGAAAUUAAGAGACUUUGUAGAGUAUUACAACUCUCCUUCCCGAACAAGAGUAUUUAAUGUCAUAAGUCUCGAAUUUACUAACACUGGUCUCUCGCCAAUGGUUGAAGCGCCAUACAUUGCGCGCAAACUCGACUGGGUUAAUUCGGUGUGGCCACGCGAUUGGCCCGAGGACAGUGAUAUAAAGCGACCGGAAGUACAAAAGUAUUGCCUAAUGGGGGUCAAAGACAGUUUCACAGAUUUUCACGUCGAUUUUGGAGGAACGUCCGUGUGGUACCAUGUGUUGCGCGGCGAAAAAGUGUUCUAUCUUGUCAAGCCGACGCCAGCGAACUUGCAGCUGUACCAGCAUUGGAUGUGUAGUUCGACGCAGAGCGAAACUUUCUUUGGGGAUCAGGCCGAUGCGUGUUACAAGUGCGUGAUUAAGCAGGGCCAGACGAUGAUGAUCCCCACGGGCUGGAUACACGCGGUGCUCACACCGGUGGAUUCCUUGGUUUUUGGUGGAAAUUUCGUACACAGUCUCAACAUUCAAAUGCAAAUACAAAUAUAUGAGUUGGAAAGAAAGAUGAAGACUCCAGCGAAGUUUCAAUAUCCUGGAUUCGAGACAAUUAAUUGGUUUGCUGCGAAAAAGUUGUUAAAGGAAUUGAAGGAAUUGAAUAACGAGGGAAAGAAAUGUCCGCCAUAUUUUUUACAGGGCGUGAAGGCAUUGCUUGGGAUUCUCAAACAAUGGAACACAGAUAAAGAUUAUAACAUGAUCAGUCGUGGUCAGAUACCGGACACGAUAAAUAGCCAGAAAUUAUUGAAGGAUCUUAGCAAAGAGAUACGGCAUGCGGAACGUUACUUAAUAUCUCUGAAUCCGCCGAAACCGGAACGCGAGAGUAAACGAAAGAAAAGAAAGCCGUUGAACAAGGAUUUCGUCGACUUUGAUUACGCUGAUAAGCUGGUCGAUAACGCAUUUAAAGCGAAUAAAGCGACAUUAAAGGAGACGAAUAAAGCGACGUUAAAGGAGACGAAUAAAGCGACGUUAAAGGAAACGAAUAAAUCGACGUUGAAGGAGACGAAUAGAGUGACAUUAAAGAAAGCGAAUAAAAUGGAACCCGCUUUGAUAGAACAGUCAUUAGCGAGACCGCCUUUAAAGCUCACGUUGCCGAAACCGAUCAUGUGUCCCGUAGUUAAAACGCCCGCGGCAGCGAAACCCGCCAACAGUAAUAAGCGACAAUUAUCGAAGCCGGGAAAACAGAGCCAUACCGUGAUUAGAAUUAAACUUGGCAACAACGAGGUUGUCAGAAGUACAAAUGACAAUAUAAAUGUUUAUGGUAGUAAUAUUGUGACCGGUCAUUCCUUCGAGACAACGAAGGAGCCGUUGUCGUGGAAUCAGACGUCGUCCGUGUACGAUUUUCACGACGGUAGCAACGAGAGUGACUACGGUCUCGUAAUAGACGAAUCGCAGAAGCGGAAACGGGCACCGAGACCGAAACGACCCAAGCGCGAUUACGACGGUGAUGUCGACGUACUGAAUAACGCGCCGAAAAACGGUAUUGAGGAAUUGUUGAAAGCAUCGGCAUACACUCUUGGGAAUGGUGCUCCAAGAGUCGAUGUGACGCCAUCGACUACGAUUCUACAGUACAGUCAUCCCAUGCCGCCGCCUACUGGUUCUGACAGGGCGUCACCAUCCACACGGGAGGCGAUCGCCGGGAUGUUGUCGUUCAGUCAGCAGAGUUACUCUACAACGAGUGGUUCUACGAAAUCGUCAAAGAAACCUACUAAGAGCCAACAAAAUGUUGACGAAGACGAUGAUCAGUUGAUAGAAAAUAUCGACAAGGUCCACCAAGACGAUGAUUUUAUUUAUCCAGCUUUAGACGCUUCUGACGACGAAGAUUAUAUCUUUAAACCUAAGGCAAAGAGUCAAAUCGAUGAAGCAUGGAAUCCAAAAGCUAGAGUGGGCCCUCUUUUACCAAAGACCAAUCGACCGGCACGGGAAGGCGUGAAGAAAACGUCUGUGGAAAAGGGUCUUGAAGCGGCCGCGGCGAAGCGAGCGAAACAAUCGGAUGAAUACCUGGAUAACGACAUGGACAAGGUUACCAAGAAGAAAUUGGGUACCAACAAACGGACAUAUAAAAAGAAGCAAAAGGAUCCUGUGGUCUCUGUGGUCCCUGUGGUCCCCGCGGUAGGAACCACAUCGUCUACCGCAGCUUCUGAAAAUGUUAUAAAAUCGCCCUCCGGAUUCGGAUCAAUACUGACAAGCCCCAACAGACUUAAAGAUGUUAAAGCCAAACUUGCAGCACCCGUUCCAGUUGAACGAAAACCGAAGAAGGGAAUGAAAACGGCGAAGCAGCGUUUGGGGAAGAUUCUGAAACUGCAUAAAAUGAUGCACUAGAUAAAAUUAAUACCAUGAAAGGAGAAAAAAACAUCACGUCAUUCUUCACUUGUGUAUAAAAUCAUAUAGUUGUACAUUACUAUGUAAAUAUAAGAAAUUUUCCAUCAAGGUGAUACACACCUUAAAAAAGUGAAUUAGUUGUAAAUCAGCGUCAUUUUCUAAGAGAUACUUAUAUUUAUUACUACAUCGUGUUUAAUUUUAGGCGAAUAUAUAUAUAUAUAUGACUUUUGAUAUCUCGAUAUUUCAGUAAGACGAUAUUUGUAUUGUAACGGUAGAUUGGUAAUGCUUUAUGUGAUGACCUCGUGUAGUAAUUCUGGUAAUUCAGUUGACAACGAUCUGAAAGGAAAAUUAUGUCUCAACUUAUAGGUUUUUUUCAUUAUUUUAGUAAUGAAAAUUUUAAUAAUGCGAUUUAAUUUGUUACUAACAGUAGAUCAACCAAUUUAAUGAUGGUUUAGUUUUAAGGUAAUAGAUGUUUUUUUAGUGAGUAGCAAGUAAAUACUUCACCGUCCAUUAUCAAGAACUUAGAGAAUUUUUCUAUGUGUUACAUAUUUUUGCAUUUUUUAGAAUGCACAAUUAGCAUGGCACAGUUCUCUGCUGCAUCUUUUCUAAUCCCAAUUGUAAUAUAGUUCUUCAUUUUGAUAUACUAUGGUAUUUUUCUUGCAUGCGAUAAAUGCAGUGGUAGUUCAAUUAAUUCCCAAAAUAUUAACUGAAAACUAUCUCCGUAUUUAAAAUGACAAUUGUCACAUGCUUCUUUUUAAAUGGUAUAUAAAUCAGGUAUUAAUUGAAAGUUUUUCUUUGCUUUCGUGAAAACACGUAAAAAAAAUUCAAUCAUUGUUAUCACAGAAAUAUAUUUGUAACAUUCAUAGUAUAAUUUCUUACGCUAAUUUACUAAUUUGUUUGAUGUCACAUGUAGCAGUUCAGUUAGCCAUCUAGUUUGUACAUACAUCACAGAGAGAGGCUGUAGAAUAUUGAUUUAAUUUUUUACAUACUUGUUAUAAAAAUUAAAAAAAAAAUAAGGUAUCUGCCAGCGACAUUUUAUAUGUAACUUACAGGUAAUGCGGUAAAAUGUAUUUUGAUCGUUAUGGAGUACACUAAGUAAAGUAGCGUAAGGGAUAUUAUCGAUUGUUGUAUCGCACAGGAAAUUGAGUUACCUAAUACACAUGUUGUACCUGUUUCCUAUGAUACAAAAUGUGAGAUACACGUAAACGCGUAAAAUACUGGAAGAGCUAUAGUCCCCUACAAGAGAAUUGUUUGUAAUCGUGGAUUGCUUCUACUUAAUAAGUUAGACUCUCAGAAUUGUUUGAUAGCGUUCGGGAAUACUGACAACUUCGUUUGAAGGAAGUCUCGAGAAAAGGUGUUUUCUACUUAAUAACUUACGCGUGUACAUUAAAAUUAACCCCGAAAUUAGAAGAUCGUUUACGAGCUUUUAAUGUUCGAAAGUAGAGAGAUUUACUUUAGGCUCGAGUAAUGUUAAUCAUUAAUUAUAACAUUAAGUAACAUUAAUGAUUAGAAUUUUUACUUACGAUUUAAUUUCUACUAACAAAUUGUGAUAAGUAUUACAAUUUAUAUUUAUCUCAUUGUUAUUAGCACUGCGCAAUUUAUAAGUUGCUUAAACGUGUGGCAAGCAAAUUACUUGAGACCUGUAACGUUUGACGUGUAUCAAAUUCUUAACGUUGGUGCAUCAGUUAAAUUUUCACACGACUCUUGCACAUCGAAUACGCAUGGAUAACAUAAGAUCUAUAUAAUAGAGAUUACAUUUCUUUGUAAUAACUUUGUACAAAGAAGUGACGUGUCUGUUAGUAUAAAUUAUUUCUUUUAGCACUCACUAUAUCGACAGUGUAUAUUAAAGGAAAACUAAGGAAAUGCAUUGUAUAGUAAGGUACUAAACGAAUCAUUUUAUACUAAAACACGUCGCUUUUUUGUAUAAAAUUAUUACAGGAAAGGUGAAGGCGAAUACUUUGCUCGGAUAGACACUUACAAGAAUAAAAAGACAUUCGUAUGUCUUCUUAAAACUACACGUUUUGAUAAGUGAUUCGCUUAAAAAUUGUGUUAAAAGUAACGUUGCUUCGUCCCGCGUAACAAAUUCAAGCUACACGAUCGCUUUUAUAAUUUAGCGUAUUUGUUCGUAAGCAUCUGUGUACGCACCGUGUACACGAAUCUUGCAGAAUUAUACAAAAUGAUAUAGAUGUACGUGCAUAGAUACACAUAUACAUAUAUUUUUUUAUGAAGUGUUUAUCUUGAAUUUUGCGAGUCGUGUAUUUAUUUAAUAUCUCUGCUCGUCUUUAUUAAAUUUAACGACGUGCCGGCGAUAGCGCCGUAUGUUUCUACAAUACUUAAAUUUCUAUCGCGUAUCGUUAAACGCGCGCGGUAGAAAUCUCGUGACGAAAUUAACGCGAUUUGCGAGAUGGAUUUGCAGAUUUUCGACGAGGUAUCGGCAUAUUUCAAAUGUGUUCAUUAAAUUAUAGACGAUAACGUGCAGACUUUCGGUGUUUGACGAGAGAGAAUACAUUAUUACGAAAUUAAAACGUUAAAUAUCAGGGAAGCAAUAUUUAUUUUCAGAAUACGAGCUCUCUUUUAUCACGUCGCUUCUAAAAGUGCAACACUCUCGCAUAUAAUGUUAUUGUAACAAUAAUAUAUUCGAGAUAUAAGUAUUCUAAGAUUUCGCACAAUUUUACGCGAUUUAUGUCCAUUGCUGUCAAUGCGGAUCAACUUUAAUCUCGGUUUAACUCACUUUUUAUCUGUUUGCAAUUUUUAGAACUAGAGAAAGAUAAAAACAAUAAUAAGGUUAACCGAGAUUAAAGUUAACCCGCGCCGGAAAUGGACGUUAGCCGUUCUAAAGAAGAUUUUUAAAUGCUUUUUCUAAUUCGAAUAAAAAUUCGUUCUCUCGUUGAUAAGAACGCGUCGGUGCUCCCACGAGCACGAUGUAUUUAUUGUCCGUGAAAAGUAAAUGUACAUAUAUUUUAGAAGAUCUUGCCGGCUAGGGUGCGAAUUAAUCGUCUAAUCGAAGCGCAGCGUCCCUUCACCUUAUCAAUACGGCAAUACUUGAAAUUUCGUCCUCACAACUUUUCACGACUCUUUGAAAUUGAUCGAAUCUUCGACAAUUCGCGUUUGUUUGAAAGAGCUAAGACUUGUAAAGAUACGAGAUGUAUUAUAAGCGGAUUACAUACAAAUAUUACGUCGUACGAAGUAUAGCCGAACGAUUUUUCAUCGUGUUCGUAAUUAUUGCUGAAUAAAAUGUUGGAUUCAUUGAUUGCGAUUCCUUGUA